UUUUUCUACAAAUCUACAUGUUUUCCUACUAAAUUAUCCUUUUACAUAUUUGUUUUAUUUUUUAAAAGUUAUCUUUCCUGAAUUUUAUCGAAAAUGAAGUACGUUGUUGUUAUUGGGGGAAUCAUGAGCGGAAUCGGAAAGGGCACACUCCUGAGCAGCAUCGGAGUAGUUUUGCGCUCUAGAAACAUUUCAAUGUCCGCUGUUAAAAUCGACCCUUACCUAAACUUGGACGCAGGAACUCUUUCGCCUAACGAACAUGGAGAGGUUUACGUUCUUGACGACGGAGGAGAAGCUGACUUGGAUUUGGGAAAUUAUGAAAGAUUCCUCAACUUAAAAUUAACUAGAAGUCACAGCCUUACCUCAGGAAAGGUUUAUAGCCGCGUUUUCGAUAAAGAACGUAGAGGAGACUAUUUGGGAAAAACUGUUCAAGUAGUACCUCAUAUAGUCCAAGAGGUGAUAGAAUGGAUAGAGGAAGCUUCUAGAAAGAAUGUUGAUAGGAAGGGUUGGCGUGAUCCUGAAAUAUGUCUCUUGGAAAUUGGAGGAACAGUUGGAGACAUUGAGUCUGAGGUGUAUGUGGAAACGAUCAGGCAAUUAAAGCUCAAACUAGGAAACGAAAACGUCUGUUUGUGUCAUCUUUCAUACGUUCCAAUUGUCGGACGCCAAGACGAACAGAAAUCUAAACCCACUCAACAUUCGGUUAAAGCACUUUCACAAAGAGGUUUACAACCGGAUAUGAUAUUUUGCCGCUGUAUGAAUGAGUUAACAAGCUCAACUAAGGAAAAGAUUGCCUUUUUUACACAAGUCAAAUUCAAAAAUGUCAUCAGUGUACACAAUACAUCUGAUUUAUAUCGUGUUCCACUAAUGCUUGAUGAACAACAUGUUGCGGAAUCCAUUCUUGAAUUGUUGAAUUUCACACCGAAUACUGUUGAUCCAAUGCCAAUUGAGUAUUCAUUGGAGCAUUGGAGUCGAUUUUGUGAGAAUCCGGAAAACGAAUCUGUUACAGUAGGGAUUGUGGGAAAAUACAGUGCCUCAACUGACAGUUAUUUAUCAGUUCUGAACGCAUUAAAACACUCGUCGCUCGAGUGUAAUCUUAAACUCAACAUCAAAUGGGUAGACUACUCCCAGUUUGAAGAUUACAACUCUGAAAAAUUCAAAUCUCAUUUUAAAGAUCUAGACGGAGUUCUCAUCCCAGGAGGGUUUGGAACGAGAGGAUUUAAAGGCAAAAAGAUGGCAGUGAGGUACUGUAGGUUGAAUAAAGUGCCGUUUUUGGGGAUAUGUUUGGCAUUGCAGUUGACAGUGGUGGACGUGGCUGAGGAGUUUGAACCCAAAGCAUGUCACGGCGAGGACUCAAAGUCCCCUGAAAAGUACCACGUGGUAACUUUGAUGCCUGAGUUCUCAGGAAAGGAUAAAAAAGGUGGAACAAUGAGGCUUGGAGCACUUGAAACGAAGCUGGUAAAAGGUACAUUAAUCUACAGUCUAUACGACCAGAACGAGACGAUAGUGGAAAGGCAUAGGCAUAGAUACCAAGUGAACCCGGCUUACGAGGAACCAUUAGCUAAGCACGGAGUGGUGUUCUCAGGAAGAGAUCCAGCUAAGGGAAGAGUAAGUGUAGUUGAACUUAAGGAUCACCCGUUCUUCCUAUGUACCCAGUUCCACCCAGAGUAUAAAUCUACUCCAAUAACACCCAGCCCCCCGUAUUUAGGCUUCAUCCUUGCUUGUAAAAAUAGGCUUAAGGAAAGGCUUGAAAAAAAUAACGGAAAGCUACUCCCCGGAUCAUCCUACUACCACUAAUUUACCCCUCACACAGUUGAAUAUUUUAACCGCUUUCCAAACUAAUUUAUACAUAAUUA